GGCAGGUGCGGCAGCGUCGGUUGCCAGGUGGGAAAGACGGAAUGAAAAAUCCCACCCCAGAAAGGACAGUCCGGCUGGAAUGAAGCAUUAAAUGGACAGUGCCUGGCUGGGGAGGAUUUAACAGGGUGAUUGCCUCCUGAGUCUCCACAGCUGGGGGCAGAGGAAUUGCUCAUGUCCCUGUCUGGACCACUGAUAAUUUCGAGCAGUGAGGCAGGAUCUUGACAUGGGGAAACCGAGGCACACUAUGGCAAAGUGACUUGCCUGAAGUCAUCUGUGGUGAAGACGAAGAAAUCAGACCCCUGACCCCUCAGACCUAAGCUGGCACCUGAACCUACAGCUGGUCCUUCCAGCUGCCACCGACGCUGACUGCGGUAGGGACUGCGGAUGGGGCCACUCAGGACAGCUGGGCACUGGGGCCUGGGGUCUUUGCUUGCCUCUGAGGACUGAUCUGGAGCUGGGAUGCCCAAGCCCUGCACUGAGAUAAGAGGCUGGGCCUGGAGGAGACAUCUGCAACUGUGAAAGAGGAGAAGGGAACAGGACGGACAAACAGGCGGGUUUUGAGCCCCCCCGCAGGGAUCAUCCCUUUCUCUGCAUCUGGGCAGCACUGGCAUGACAGGAGCUCCACUUCAGCUGUUGUUUUAAUGGGUGAUGAGAGGAGACUGACUGGGUGAAAGACAGAUGGGGAGAAGCAGGGACUGACUCAUGAACAGAGGAGGAUUGGAAAGGAAAGGAGGGUGGAGGGCAGGUGUGUGGCAAGACCCUAAAGACAAAAACCCUGAAGUUUAGACCCUACCCUGUAUUUGUGUCUAUUCAGGGAUGACUGUGUGAGGGGUUUUGUGUAUGUAUCAGCCUGUGUGAGCGUUGUAUAUGUGUGACUCUGUAUCUGUGUGAAGGGUAUUUGUGGACUUGAGAGUGUCCGUCUUUGUGCCUAGGUGACAUACUUGGAUGUGUACCUCUGUAGGUCCGUUCAAGGACUCUGUGUGUAUGUGUACAUACGUGAGAGGAGUGGGGAGUCUAUGUGCUUCUGUAGGAUAGCUCUGCAUGUGGGUGCUUGUGUAUCUGAGUGAAGGAAACCUCUGUAUAUGUGUGACGGGAUAGCAGUGUAGGUCUGUGUAUUUGAGGUGAAGGGCUUAACCCUAUGUGGAGGGGCAUUUGUGGACUUGAGGGUCUUUCCAUGUGCCUAAGCGAGGGCUUGUCUUUAUUUCUGUGUGGGUGUAGGACACACUUGUAUGCGGGUGUGCAUGAGGGAUUAUCUUUGUCUAUCCAUGUGUGGAGUGGAUAAAGCUGUUCAUGUGGCAUUUGUGUGUGUGUGGGAUAUUAAACGCACAUCUGCACCCCUUCUGCUUCAGGGGGAUCUUAGUGUCCAUCUUUCUUAGUGUGAAUGUUGGGGAGAUCUAUGUGUGUGUAUCUAAGGGCCUGUCUGGGGAUUAGAUGCAGAAGUGUGUCUACAUCUCAAGGGGGACUGGUGGGGUAGCUGUGUGUGUGUGUGUGUGUGUGUGUGCAAACGCGUACUUGCUUACCCCAGCCAAGGGGGUAUACAUCUCCCCUUAUCACUGUCCCCCCACGCUGUGCACAUGGCAGCCUCUCAGCUGCGCUGCCUGGAGGACGAUGGGCCUAUGACCCCCAUCACCGAGUCCAGCCCCGAGUUCUUCUACUCGGAGGGGCAGCGCCUGGCAGUGGAGGCCCUUCUGGGUGAAGGGAUUGCUGCCUACACCCAGCGCCUGGAACGGGACAAGCUACGUCCCUUCCUCUCUGAAGUGGAGCUGCAUAGCCUCCUGGAGGUGGCACAGGACAAAAAUGAGCCUGCUGGUGCCUGGGAUGGAGAUGGUGCUGAUGAUGCCAGCCUCAGCUACUGGCCCGAGUGCUCUGAGGAACCCACCCCUAACCUCGAUCUGGGAUGGCCUCAGGACAGUGCCUGGAAGGGCAUCACUCAGGCUGAGAUCUACACCCACCCGCCGGCUGAGCAGGCCCCCAAAGUCAAGGAGCUGGUGCGCAGGAGACUUCAGCAGGCUACCAAGGUGGUUGCCAUAGUGAUGGAUAUCUUUACUGACCCUGACAUCCUCUCGGACCUGCAUGAUGCAGCGAUGAGCCGCCGAGUCCCUGUUUACCUCAUCCUCUGUCAGCAGCACCUCGCUGCCUUCCUCAGCAUGGCAGAGAAAGCCUGCCUCAACAUUCGCUACAUGGAGAACCUCCGAGUCCGGGUCCUAGGAGGCUGUACCUUCCAGAGCCACCAGGGCAAGCAAGCAACAGGGGCCUUGAAGGAGAAAUUUAUCCUGAUCGAUGGGAAUGUGGUGAUCACUGGAAGCUACAGCUUCACGUGGACUGAUGCCCGCCUGCACCGCCAGCUGGUGAUGUUGCUGACAGGCGAUGUGGCUGGGACCUUCGACCAGGAGUUCCGCACCCUCUACGCUGCCUCGCACCCACUGCGGCCUCCCGCGCCAUCCACUGCCCAUGCCAGCCCUCCCACCCAUGACCAUGCCAAUGGGGGACCUGCAUCCCAGGUGGCUCCCUUCCUCAGCACCCUGGCUGGCGUCCACCUCUCCCCGGGGGCCCACCACGUGGCUGAGCGCCGCUCUGUGGCCCCCCAGCCUGUGGCCAAGAGCCGAGCUGGCGACUGGGCAGUAGUGAGGGCCACACGGGCCAUGGCUGCUGAUGGUCCCUCCCCCAUCAACUUGCCUGAGGCCACAGCUGUGACACCACUCCGGCGCCCCAUGGAGGCUCCUAGGGGGCAUGCUGCCCUGAGUGACAUCCACCGCAGUGUCCAGCGGGCCCGGCUGGUAGCUACCCGUGCCACAGGGCAGAGGCCCACCAAGUCGCUGUGGGACCUAAGCCGGCUCUCGCAGCUCUCAGGCUCCAGUACUGACUCUGGCCAGCAUGGCACUGAGCUGGGGGAUGAUGCCCAGGGCAAAUCCAAGUGGGGCUACCAGGACACACCAGCCCGGGCACUGAUGCGGCAGCGUGGGGCCCCACACACUGGUGAGGACCUGCGCCAGCCCCCUGUCUUCCUGUCACCUGGCUACAAGCCCCCUGGGGCAUCUGGCUACCUGGCUUUGGGUCGGUUGCAAGGGCAGCUGUAUCAUGGCCCUGUGGCUCUGCCACGGCCCUGGGGGCAGCCAACCACACACAGCUAUGGAAAGCAGUGGCACUACUGAUCCAGGCACUGGAGGCAUCUGCCAGGAGACAACGGAGCCAGAAGACACCUCGACCUCUCUCGUACACAGCUACCAAGGGUUACGCUGGAACCAGAUACUAUCUGGAAAGGAGGUGUCCCCAGUUGUGUUGGUGUGAACUGGGAUGAACUGGCGAGUGCCAAUCUGGAGUCCAGCAGGUAUAUCAUCCUGAUUACACCAGUGUUGCAGGAAUGAACUGAUGCAUGCUGCAUACUGAUUGGCUAAACUGGAGUCUGAUUGGCAUCUGUCCUGGUUAUAGUGGCAUUACUGGGCUGGAUGGGCACAGCUCAAACUGGAGUCUGGGAGUUCUAGCCAGUUGUAUUGCUGUUGUUGGGAUGAGCCAGUGCAGAAACCCUGUCUUACACUGAAACCUGAAAGGAGUUUGGUUUCAUUAUGCUGGAGUUGCUGAGGUGAACCGUUGCAUACUGACAGUUUUAACUGGACUCUGGUGAGAGUUUCUCCUGGUCAUGCUAUUGGUACUGGAAGGGGCAGAUGACUUAAACUCAAGUUACACUGAUGGUGCUGAAACAAACUGGUGCACCAUGCCAAUCUAAACUGGAAGCUGAUGGGCAUGUUGCCCGGUUUUACUUGUGGUACUGGGGCAAGCCAAUGCCAUACCAAAGACUUCAGCUGGAGCCUGACAGGAGUUUCUUGGAUGUACUGGUUACUGGGUUGGACUGAUGCAGCUCAAGACUAGAUUCUGAUGGGACUAUUCCCUGCUCAUACUGGUAUAAGCUGGGAGGACAUGAUGGUCUCAACUAGACCCUGUUGGGGACUGUUCUCCAGGCAAUGGGUGUUAUUAUAAGCUAUGACAAUUGUUACUGGGUUGAACUGGAGCAGACAGACAGACAGACAGACAGACAUCAGCAGGAGGACCACUCCAUCCCAGACUUCCUCACUUGGGUUUUGACACUACUGAAGAGAUGACCCAUCCCUGUGGCAGCUGAUAGGAACGAGAACCAGAAGUCAUUCUCCAGGGAUCCUGGCUCAGUUGUCACCUGUAGGAAGCCCCUAUAUUCCCUUCCCCCACACUACAGCAGCAAAUCCACCAUAAGUAGGAAACGCUAUCCUGUGGUGGAUCACACAAAGGAGAAGCAAUUGAUUUACUUAAUUAAUCUGGGUUUUAAACUCUGCAAGCUACAGCCCUCCUCCUGCUCUAGGAGCUUCUAGAGUGGAGGACAUGGCUGGGAUUUCCCAUCAGACUGCUGAGACAA